UUAGAAGAGCAUACUAAAAGUAUCUCUAUCAAUGAUUUUUUGGUGUAUAUCUUGUAUCUACAUUAGUAUCUAAAGGGUAUCUAAAAUAUAGUUGAGAAACUCAUCUCAAAAUUUUUAAUCAAUAUUUAAAUUUUAAAGAAUCAAGUUGUAUUGUAUUAACCAAUCGCAUAAAUCAUAAAGUUCUGUACUUAUGUAAUGGAUGGAUGUUAUUGACAACAAAAAUAAGUGUACAAAAUUUCAUAAAAGUAUGUUGGAUUGGCAUAAAUCAUUCUCAUUCUACCAUAAAUUAAGAGUCCUCACACUUAUUUUCUAAAAUCUAAAACAAUAGUAUUAUACUUUUAAUUCAGUGAUUACAUUACAUAAGUACGGAACAGUGUUAGAAAGUUUGAACAAGCAUUUAAUGAUUCCGUACAGACCGGACCACGAGGUAGUUGACAUUGUUAUACGGUAAUACUCUAUACUCUAGAUAAUGACAAUUUCUUCAUAUUUUAUGUGUCAGUACAUCUCCAUUACAACUACAAGUAUUUAUCGUUGACCAAUGUAAUAUACUAUAUACAACAAAGCCAACAAGUAAUGUAAUUCUUCAAGAUGUCUAGAUUUUAGUGAAAACCUAAACAAUCAAAGUCCUUUUGUUUUGGUAAUUUUACUUGUGCCAUACACUUUGUAGUGAAAACCUAAAUAAUUAAAGUCCUUCAAGAUGUCUACCCUUUGAUGAAUUAGUAUAUCAGAUUCUUAACAAAGAUAAAAGAUUGAAGCAGAGAGAUCAACUGUCUUAAUUACAAAGGAAAGAGGUGUGAAGUUACACUUUUUGGGCUGUAGAAGCGUGUUUUUGUGAGGCCCCACUAUUCUCAGGAGAGCAAAGAAAGAGAACAGCUGAUACACAAAUGGGGAAUUGCAUUAAAUGUUGUAAUCAAGAGAUUUCUCAGAAAUUUCCUAGCCAUGAAUGUUGACGUCAGCGUUGAGUAUAUAAAAUCCAGACUCUCUAACCCAAAACAAUGCAACAACUCCACCAAAGAAGAAGAAGCAAAGAACACCAACCAGAGCUUUACUUCUUCUACUGUUGACAAUGAGCAAAAAGCUGAAGAUGUUCAUGAGAAAGAUACAAACUUGCUGCUUAUUCACUAGAUUCUCCAAAAGGGUAGGGAAUUGUGGUGAGUUCGAGGAAGAGUGUAAUGCUGGAUCAAUGAUUCCAAGUGAUGUGAAGGAAGGGCAUGUAGCAGUGAUUGCGGUUAAGGGAGAGAGAAUUAAGAGGUUUGUUUUGGAGCUUGAAGAGUUGAACAAACCUGAGUUCUUGAGGCUGCUCGAACAGACCAAAGAGGAGUUCGGGUUUCAACCGAGAGGACCUCUGACCAUUCCAUGCCAGCCGGAAGAAGUACAGAAGAUUCUACAAGGAAGUAGAGAGUCUUGAUUUUUGAUUUGUAGAGCAACAUUGUUAGAUGAAAUUCUUUUCUUACAAGAAUUUACCAUUCUUUCUCUUAUUACAUAAAAAGCAUGUUAUAUAUGUAUUAUGCUGGUGAUAGUUCAUUGUUACCUCUGAACAAUUAUUUGGAUGAGGGGUUUUCAUAAGCAGCUUGAUUCCACAACAUUAUUGCAGCUUCAUUGGUUGCAUUUGCUCCCUCGGUUAUUAAGCAAUUUGUCUAUUGUAAGCGACAUUUGGGUACACAACUGAACCAGUACUAAUCAGGACCCAGUUAUUCAUUAGUAACUAUUUCAGAUUUUAGCAAGCACUGGAUAACACACAGCAUUGGUUACCAAAUACAACCGGAAAGUGGUAAUGGUGAUCACAUCUGAUAGAUUCUAGUUCUGCGCUUAAGAGAUGGUUUCAAGAAUGCCAUAAGAAAUUCAACCAGAGGAGAUGAAACAGCAAAUAGUUGAGACUGAUGGAUACAAA